AUGAGCAAGCUUCUCGUAGUCUUUGGCGCCACUGGCCAACAGGGCGGCUCCAUCGUGGACCACGUCAUCAACGACCCCGAACUGUCGAAGCAAUACCGGGUCCGGGGGGUCACGCGCGACCCCUCCAAGCCCGCGGGCCAAGCGCUGCGUCAGAAGGGCGUCGAGGUGGUCCAGGGCGACCUGGACCACGCCGAAUCCGUCGCGCAGGCCCUGCGGGGCUCCCACACGGUGUUCGUCAUGACCAACACGGUCCACCAGCGCGGGGGUGCCCAGAAGGAGAUCAGCCAGGGCAAGGCGGUUGCCGAUGCGGCUGUGGCGGCCGGCGCGCAGUACCUCAUCUUCAGCACGGCGCCGCGAGCCGCCAAGAUCUCGGGCGUCGACGGGCUACAGGUGGUGGUCUUCGAUACCAAGGCCGAGGUGGAGGAGUACAUACGCGGCCUGCCCCUCAAUAGCGCCUUCUUCUCGCCCGGGGGGUUCAUGAAGAACUUCCACACGGUGAUGGCCCCGCGGCCGGUGGGCGACGGCACCUACACCCUCGCCAACAUGCUCAAGCCCACCACGCAGCUACCGCUCAUCGACAUAGCCGGCGACACCGGCAAGUUUGUCGGCGCCAUCCUGGCCGAGCCCGACAAGUACGCUGGCGCGACAUUCGUGGCGGCCACGCGGCUGUACUCAAUGGACGAGAUCGCACAGACGAUCAGCGAGGCGACGGGCCAGACGGUCCGGUACACUGAGCUGCCCGAGGAGGUCUUCCGCGGAUUCAUGACCGGGUCCGAUGGCAGCUCCCAGUUGGCCGACAACAUGGUGGAGAUGAUGGCGCUGUACCGCGACCACGGCUACUUCGGCCCGCGGCAGAGGGAGCUCAUCGAGUGGACCACCCAGCAGGCGCGCGGCAAGCUGACCACCCUGGCGGAGUACCUCGCCAAGAACCCUAUCAACCUCAAGUAG